CCGUUCCGCCCUCAGUCCAAUCUGGGUGCCCCGCCAUGCACGGGGCGGAGAUGGCUUCGCCUGCGCUCUUUGGGACCCCAUAGCCAUGAAAUGCAGGCGUCGUUCUCUUUCAAAGGGAGUGAAUCUGAUUGGCGUCGCUGGGCCGGGGGGUGGCGCUCCAAGAGGAAUGCUACGCCCAGCCGCCGUCACCAUCUCUCAAAUGCGGCCAAGGAUGGCGGCAACUUGGAGAUGUGGUCGACUUUACGCCGCGGGUCAGGGGGGGAUGUAUGCUUCCGAACGGCAGAGAGGAGUGAUGACACUUUAGUGCCGGAUCAGGGAGGCUCUUCUCUUCCCCUGGACACUCCUGGUGUUUGCUUUUACUAUAAGGAGUGUCCUCAGCCCCCCUCCGUGAUAUCUCCAGUCGCCUGUCAGAGACGACCUUUGACAGUAGCGAGAACCGCCCCCGUCCUUACACCAUCACCGCCGCUACCAAGCCAUCCCUCAGUCUGCCUCCUGAGAGAUCUCUCCAUCGCAGCCCCACACACAACGCCGCCGGCCAUGAAAUUCUCCCUCGCCGCCGCCGCUGUCGCGGCCUGCGCGCCGCUCGCGUCGGGCCACGCCAUCUUCCAGAAGCUGUCGGUCAACGGCAAGGACCAGGGCCAGCUCAACGGGAUCCGGGCGCCCAACAACAACAACCCGGUCUCGGACGUCAACAGCAACAGCCUCACGUGCGGGUCGCCCGGGACCACCUCCCAAAAGGUCAUCGACGUGGCCGCGGGCGACAAGCUGGGCGCCUACUACGGGCACGUCAUCGGCGGCGCCCAGUUCGCAAACGACCGCGACCACCCCAUCGCCGCGUCGCACAAGGGGCCCAUCCAGGUGUACCUGGCCAAGGUGGACAAUGCGGCAACGGCGAGCAGCAACGGGCAGAACUGGUUCAAGAUCGAGUCCCAGGGCUUCAACUCCCAGACCAAGAAGUGGGCCGUCGACGCGCUGAUCGCCAACCAGGGCUGGUUCUACUUCAACCUGCCCGCCUGCGUGGCCCCCGGCCAGUACCUGAUGCGGGUGGAGCUGCUGGCGCUGCACAGCGCCAACCGGCCGAACCAGUUCCAGUUCUACAGCUCGUGCGCCCAGAUCCGCGUGUCCGGGUCGGGCAAGCUGGCGCCGGCCCAGACGGUCAGGUUUCCCGGCGCUUAUACGGCCAACGACCGCGGCAUCCUCGUCAACAUCUACGGCGUCGCCGGCGCCACCGACAUGGCGAGCUCGGGCGGCGUCUACUACCCACCCGGGCCGCCUGUCGUAACUUGCUAAAGGGGAAAGAGUGUGUAUUUGGCUGGUUGGUUGGUUGGUUGGUCGGGUGUCAUGAUGCUGGCUGGUUGGGUACUUUGCAUAGCAGGCCGACAUCUCUGUGUACCACUUGUGGCAUGGGAGCGUAUGUGUUGAGUUGAUCAGAGAAUAGAAUAUCUGGCACCAACCGCCACGCGACUGUGUCACCGUC